AGCUCGGCCUCUGAAGAAUCUGGCAGCAGCUAACGAAAGCAAGACCUAUGACGGAGAGAAGCGAAAGCCCUCCCAGGCGUCUCUCCGCCGUUAACCCUAGCAUAGGGGUAGCGGCGGCUCCGGUGCUCUCGACGACGCCGCAUUACUCUGGGGUGGCAUCCCCGCCGGCCUACGGUGUGUUCGCUCCAUACACCAUGGCGGCUCAGAACAGCUACCCUGGUGGCCAGCCUGCGCUGUCAACGGCCUACCACUACGGCCCGGCUCCCGGCGCGGGCAUGUGGCAGCAGCAGCAGCAGCCCGGAGCGCCGCUUGUGGCGCCUGUCCAGUUAACGGGGCUCUGCCAAUCUGGCUUGCCCGCUCCUCUGCCACAGCCCGUAUUCGUACGCAAGGAGACCAUCGCCGACUUGGCCCGAAGCAACCUCUCCUCUCCCAGGAGGCAGUCGGCGCGGCGAUCCGAUAAGCCGUGCGUACAUGCUCCAGAAGUGCGGUCCGUUCUUCGCCUGGCAGCUGUUGAUCAUGUGGAUGGCGGUACUGGGAACGGUGGUUUUCGUCUGCAGCUUCGGAGCCUUUAG